AUGCCUGCAGGCCCGCCCAACACGACUCAGCCUGCUGCCGCCCAGCAGCAGCAGCCUGGCACUGGCACUGGCACUGGCACUGGCACCACUCAACACCGACCUGCCACCCUGCAAAUCCCCAAGAAUCGCUCGAGCAGCACAUUGAUAUCGCAGAACAGCAGCAGUGCCAGUCUGCGAGCCGACCACGACCUACGCGCACGCCUCUCGAUCGACGGAGUCACUGCACACAGGUCACCGAUACUGACAGCCGAACGAGACACAGGACUGCGCAGGAUACGGCAGAAUCCACAGCUGUCAAUAAGCAGGAACCCUUCGUCUCCCAACUUGCUGGCUACGACCUCGCCCGCUCCAUCUAGUCCUGUAUCCCGCAAGUCCUCAUUCGCCAUUGACAAGUUUGGACCAACGUCACCAUCGAUAAUAUUUAGUGAAGAUCUCACUCGAUUCUCCUCCGAAUCUCUCCACUCAUUUUCCUUUGCUCACCAGAGCACCGAAUCGCUGCACAAUCGUCAGAAUGUGCUGAAGCGCAGUAUUGACUUUAUCCGGGACAAGCUCGCCUGGGCUUCCACCUCACCGCGCAUUGCAAGUGCUCAGGCCCGCCUUGCAGGCGACGAAGAGCUGCUCAGCAUGAUGGAGCUGUUGCAAAAGGCAAACAUCAUGGGCGUUUCUCAGCCCAUGGAUAUCAAUGGCCUAGGCGUAGAUCCCGGUCCACUCACCGGACCCGCACAUCUGACCAACGAGAAUGUCUUCGAAAAGAGCUUCUUUACACCAGGCCACGAGGCAGAAAGUCCGGCCAGCAUAAGUAGUCCAGAUACGAUCAGAACACCGCCGCACUCUGUAAGUUCAGAACGAGAUCUGACGUCACCCGCAGCUGCGCUGCACAUACCAGAGACAGUCGCAGAAAAUGCAGUGGCGGAAGAGCCCGAAUCGAUAGACCUUGCUAGGACAACCACCACAGAUGAUGAGGAUUUCUUACCGAGUCUACCCACAAGACGCCCAUUCCGAACACUUAAGCGAACGUAUACGGAUGUUGCAGGUUAUUCACUUCAGCACAAGCUCACGGAAGCUAUGGCUCAGCCGUAUCAUGCCGAUAAGCCGGCUGCCCCCAUAGUGCCACAAGCGUCAAUUCGAGCGAACACGACCAUCACGCAGCCCGAGCGAGCACCGCAUGGUCACCGGAAUCAACAAGCUCAAGCUAUAUUCACCACCGAUGCGAAAGCGCCUUGGACUAUAACGGCGGCUAACGAUCUUGCCUGUCUUGUCUUCGGUGUGACGCGCGCUGAGGUGCGCAAGUUGGGUAUCAUGGAAGUGAUCAAGGAAGACCGGCGAGGAUGGCUCGAGGAGAGACUAGCGAACCCUGAGAGUGGUACGGCACCAAAGCAGGCAAAGCUCCAGCCGCCACCUCCUUCAGGUAAGACCAAUCCGAGUGGUAGUCUUGCUGCAAUGGGUAAUGGCAUCACAGCCAAGCUCCUGUCCAAACCUCCAGCGAGGCAGACUCGAAGAGCGAAGACCGAGAGUGGCAGUGCAACACCUUCGAAACCGACCCAUCACGUGGCCAACAAAAGUCGAGGGGUCUUACUGUGCGGCGAUGUUGUGCCAAUCCGCAAGAUGAAUGGCUCUACUGGAAGUGCUUCUCUUUGGGUCAAGGAGAAAGGCAACAACUUGAUCUGGGUGCUCGAAGAGAUCGCCGAAGAUGUUGCCAUGCUCACAGUCGACGAAAUUGGUCUGGUCAUAAGAGGCAGCGGAGAUCUCGAAGCCAUUUUCGGGCUGGAGCGCGUGAGGAACGGCAUGGACGUGCAGAGGCUGAUACCCGCCUGGCCAAAGAUACCUGGCACGAAUACUGGCGCCAUUGACUAUGAUGCGAUUGCCAGGAUUAGGCGAUUCACGGCACGAACGAGUAAUUCAAUCAACAUACCAGUCACAAUCGACCGAGAAGCAGAGCAGAGUGUUUUCAGAAUAUCAAGCUUCCCGCAUAUUGCGGGUAUCAUGGUAGUGAAUCCAGCAACCAUGCGUAUCAGCAGCUCCAAUAAUGUCUUCGCGGGAGCCCUCUUUGGGCACGACAAUCCUGACGGUCUGGAGAUUACCGAACUAAUACCGGGUUUCGACAAGAUACUGCGAGUCAUGACUGACGAAGACAACAUCGGACUUGUGGAUGGUAUUGUGAUACCCGAACACAGCUUCAGACGCGCAAGAGCACUGCUUGCGCUGCGAGAAGGCUCCGCCAACGCAGCAGCCAUCUUCCUUCGACCUAGUGGACUACCUGCCAAGCACAGAGAUGGCGCCGAAAUCAUGAUUGACGUGCAGAUGAGAGUGGUCAAAUCUGAUCGGGAUCCCAUCUACACUGAGACUGUGAUUGACGAGGAAAACCUUACCAACUUUCAGCCGAGCGAGGUAGUGUAUGCGCUGUGGAUCACAUACUCACGGCAACUUCACGCCGUUAACCAUGGCAUCGGUCCAGUCACUGCCAUGCUGAGCAGACCCGGAACACCUCCUCAACAGCCGCCUCCUGCGCGAGAAACGCUGGAAGAGAUCGAGUCAAGUCCGAAGAUCGUUCCUGAGCCUGAGAGUACAGAAGAAGAGCCGGAAGACAGCAAAGAUGGUGUGAUGACUGGUGAAGCAGAACCGUUUGAGCAUCCCUCGCCAGAUCUGAUUGCAGCUGGUGUCAAGACUAUGAAGAAGAAGAAGAUCGACGACUUCACAAUCCUGGAAGAAAUGGGCCAGGGCGCGUAUGGACAAGUCAAGCUUGCGAGGUACAAGAAAGCAGGAGCCAAGAAGAUGGUUAUCAAAUAUGUUACGAAGCGACGUAUCCUUGUCGACACAUGGCAUCGAGAUCGACGAUUGGGGACAGUGCCUUUGGAGAUACAUGUCUUGGACUACUUGCGACGAGACGGCCUACAACAUCCAAACAUCGUGGAAAUGGCUGAUUUCUUUGAGGACGACAUUAAUUACUAUAUCGAGAUGGUUCCGCAUGGUCUACCCGGUAUGGAUCUUUUCGACUACAUCGAGCUGCGAGUGACGAUGGAAGAACGAGAAUGCCGCAAGAUCUUCAAGCAGGUGGCUGAAGCACUUCGACAUCUUCAUAUCACUGCCAAGGUGGUACAUCGAGACAUCAAGGACGAGAACGUGAUCUUGGAUGGCGAAGGGCGUGUUAAGCUGGUCGACUUCGGAAGUGCAGCGUACAUCAAGUCUGGGCCAUUUGAUGUCUUUGUUGGCACGAUAGAUUACGCUGCCCCCGAAGUCCUCCGAGGCCUCCCGUACCGCGGCAAAGAACAAGACGUCUGGGCACUCGGCAUCCUCUUGUACACCAUCGUCUACAAGGAAAACCCAUUCUACAGCAUCGACGAAAUCAUGGACCAUGACCUCCGCGUCCCCUACAUCAUGAGCGAAGACUGUAUUGACCUGAUCCGAAAAAUGUUGAAUCGCGACGUCGAGCAGAGAAUCGGCAUCCAAGCUAUUCUCGAACAUCCUUGGUGUCUUGUCGAGGACGAUGGUGAAGAUGAUGGUGGGAGUAGCACGCCUGCUGUUGCUACACCCGUGGCGGGAUGAAGCGAAGCAUCUCAAAUCAAUUAUGCCUUUUUUUGCUUAACUCUUACCGACAUGACGACCGAAUGAAUGAUUUGAAAUGCUUGCAUGCAUAGCGAUGCGGAUGGGGAUGGCGAUGAGGCUAGAGGAAGGAGUACGAUGAUGAUGAUGAUGUCCUCUUAGGGAGAGAUAGCGAGGGAUGGAUGCCAUAAGUUGGUGACUUGUGAGACGCAACAAAAAGAAAAACUUCAUUCGUGAUAUGAUGAGAUCUGCUAGAUACCCCCCAAGGGAGAAAAGAAAUGGGAGCCACAAAUGGGAAAAAUCGGAAUGGCGAUAGAGGUUCAUGCUGUUGUGUGGGUAUUGUUCUUUGAAGUAAAGCCAUUCGACGAUUGGGUGGAGAGGCAUGGGCAUAGGCUUAGGGCAUAAGAAGCCUGUACAUUCGUGACGAUAUAAAACAGACGGAUUGGAUUGGAUGGAGUGGUAGCAUUACGAUCAUUGAAAGUUUCAUGCUACCGUGCUGUCGUC